AUUGAUGUCCCUGCAGUGCCACGGGAGCAGCUGUUACAGACCGAGGAGUACGACCUGAACGUGGUGCGACUCUGUCUGCAGGUGUUCCUACAGGACGACAGCGGACACUACAACCGCGCGCUCAACCCCAUUGUCACAAACCCCAUCUACGACAACAGGGCUCCGAACACGGCUGAGCUGCGUAUCUGUCGGGUCAACAGGAACAGUGGCUGUGUGAAGGGAGGAGACGAGAUCUUUCUGCUGUGUGAUAAAGUCCAGAAAGAUGACAUUGAGGUGCGUUUCUUCACUCCUGGCUGGGAGGCUAAGGGCUCCUUCUCCCAGGCUGACGUUCACCGCCAGGUGGCCAUCGUCUUUAAGAGCCCGCCUUACUACGACACGUCCAUCACCGGCCCGGUCACUGUGCACAUGCAGUUACGCCGUCCCACCGACCAGGAAGUCAGCGAGCCCAUGGAGUUCAGAUAUCUACCCGACGACAAGGAUCCCUAUGGUUGCCAGGAGAAGAAGAGGAGAAGAGAGCACCUGAUGAAAACCUUACCCGGGUUCCUACCUUUAGGUGGAAUGAAUCUCAUGAACAGACCGAAGGCAGUACCACACAGUCCCAUGGCCCAGUCCAUGAGGAAAGACAUCAACAACAUGUACAUGAAACAGCCCUCUCCCGCUAUGAUGCGUCAAACCCCUCCUACCAUGUACAACCACGCCAACCAACAUUACCAACAACAUAGCCCUCAGCAGCGCACAAUGAUGACAUCCAUCAACCAGAUGUGGCCCCAACCCAACCCGACUUUGUCCCUGGAGACCAUCAGAAUUAACCCCUCGAGCACCGGUAGUAACCAGGGUAACGGUAUGCAGCAACAGCAGGUGAACCACUGUGUUACCUCUGGGUACCUUCAUGGAGGGGAGAGCAGCAGUAGUGGUAGCGGUGGUGGUGGUGGUAACAUCCUGCCCCAACUCACCAUGGGGGACCUGCAAUGUCUGGGUCUGGAGCCCAAUCUCCAGGGUCCUUCGGCCAGUCAUGCCCUGCCCGGUGGGCCUGAUCUCCAGCUCCACCACCAGCAGCCUCACCCCCAGCACCCUCACCAGCGGCAGCACUUCCACCACCAACAGCAUAGACAGCAGCAACUCCACCAGAGGAAAGGGCCAUCCUUUACCCAGGGCAUGGGGAGCCAGGAAGGGCAGAUCCAGGGGAGUCAGACCCAGACCCUGGGCCUCCAGGCACCCUGGAGCAACGGUGGCGAAGUGGGGUCCCUGGGGUUGGGCUUCCUCCUGGAUAGCGUGGAGAGUGAUGAGAUCAUCCAGGGCCUGGUGGGAGGAGGGGGCCCUCAGGCCACCUUCCAACUGAAGCAGGAGCCCCUAACUGGGGGACAGGAGGGCCAGAUGACCGCCUCUUGUUCCUUCUCCGCCUCGGACGGCCAGCAGCAGCAGUCGUACACCAACCUCCUUCCCCGACCUAUGAGUAACAGCAACGGCAUCACCAUGGAGACAGCAAGGCAUGAAAGCACCAAUAGCAACUCCAACAACAUCCAGGCCCUCAAGAACUUACAGAACCCCUUUACCCCAGCCAAUGGAAUGGGGCAAGAAGGUGCCCAUUUUGACUCCUUGGCUGCCUGGGCCUUUUUCACUCCACCGCAGUGACUUGGCACAUUCUCAGCCUGUGGGAAAUGCUUCUGGCAGUCUCAGUGAGCAAAUGCUUAGUCAUCUUGUCUGUGCAAGAAUGUGGUCAGAACUUGUGAACAGACAUAGAGAUAUUUUCAGGGCAAAGGUAACUCAACUGGCUAUAUGAAUAUGAUUUUUUUUUAUAUCACUCAAUCAGUCUCAGAGUUAGAUGAGUUGAGUUCUCUGCCAACAGAAGUAAUCAAUGCUUUGUGGUUUUAACAUGAUGAAUAUGCUUUUGAGGAAAAGGGGGAUAAAGGUUGAGAUAAACACGUGAUAGUAUGUUUUUGUUGACACUUUACUUGAAGUGGGCUGUUAUAAUGGCCUUACUAACGCAUACAGAAGCAAGAAUGUCAUUACAUCUUCCAUGAAAUGACCCCAAAUCAUCUUGUUAAGUUAAAUAAGAACACACGGUUCAAAUGGUUCACACCAUUCAAACCAAUGAGGGUUCGGAACUUUAAAGCCGAUGAUCUCAGGAGGAUCUUUUAUCAAAUAGAACCUUGUAGUUCUAAUGUCCCGAUUCAACGGGCUACUGUUCCAUGUUCCGUGUUCCAUGUUCCGUGACAGUGUUAUGUUGCAGUGUAAUGUUGGUCGUAGAUCCUCCAGAGUGGCCCGGUGGUCUAAGACACUGUUCUAGCUGUGCCACUAGAGAUCCUGGUUUGAGUCCAGGCUCUGUCGGCAGCCGGCCACGACCGGGAGACCCAUGGGGCGGCGCACAAUUGGCCCAGUGUCGUUUGGAUUAGGGGAGGGUUUGGCCGACUCCUGUGGCGGGCCGGGCGCUAUCCACGCAGACACGGUCAGCAGGUGACACUGUGUUUUCUCCGACACAUUGGUGCGGCUGUCUUCUGGGUUAAGCGGACAUUGUGUCAAGAAGCAGUGCGGCUUGGCUGGGUCGUGUUUAGGAGGACACACAGCUCUCGACCUUCACCUCUCCCGAGUCCGUACAGGAGUUGCAAGCGAUGGGACAAGACCUUAACUACCAAUUAGGGAGAAAAAGAGGUAAAAAUACCAAAAAAUCUAAAACCAUUUAUAAAGGUUGAGCAUAAAAAACUGUCAUGACCUGUUACGUCAGCUGUUAUAACAGCAUCUGUUCUAGCUGUGCCACUAGAGAUCCUGGUUUGAGUCCAGGCUCUGUCGGCAGCCGGCCACGACCGGGAGACCCAUGGGGCGGCGCACAAUUGGCCCAGUGUCGUUUGGAUUAGGGGAGGGUUUGGCCGACUCCUGUGGCGGGCCGGGCGCUAUCCACGCAGACACGGUCAGCAGGUGACACUGUGUUUUCUCCGACACAUUGGUGCGGCUGUCUUCUGGGUUAAGCGGACAUUGUGUCAAGAAGCAGUGCGGCUUGGCUGGGUCGUGUUUAGGAGGACACACAGCUCUCGACCUUCACCUCUCCCGAGUCCGUACAGGAGUUGCAAGCGAUGGGACAAGACCUUAACUACCAAUUAGGGAGAAAAAGAGGUAAAAAUACCAAAAAAUCAAAAACCAUUUAUAAAGGUUGAGCAUAAAAAACUGUCAUGACCUGUUACGUCAGCUGUUAUAACAGCAUCAUAGAGGUAUUAUGACAAGUCCACUUUGGGUAAAGUGUUCUAUGUCCUGUACAUCUACAAUAAAGCCAGUUGAGAGUUUAGCAUGUUCAAUCUCUACAAAUGCUAUAGCUCUGAAGAGUGGCGAGGUACUCAGAUUCCCUCAGAGGAAGAUUCUGGGAGUGUCCAGUCAGUCACUGUUGGAAUACUUCAGAGAUGCGUCCUUGUUUCCUUGACCUAUCCUGUCACUCACUGAGCUACAAGUGAUAGUAUAUCUGAAAGCAAGGUGACCACCUUAUUACUUCCACCAAUCCAACCAAAAUGAGAUCCGUGAUGACUUCAGGUGAGGUAGGAAGGAAGGAUGCAUUUCUAAUGUAUUUCAACAGGACCAGUGGUAGGUAGCACUGUGGUAUUCCCUGGUAAUGGCUAUGUCAUAUUAAUAAUCACGUGUGCUAUCUAUCCCAGAGUUCUCAGAGCAUUGUGAUGUAAUCAACACUAUGGAACAUCCCAAAUGGCACCCUAUUCCCUAGUGCACUAUAUUAGGGCUCUGAUCAAAACUAGUGCACGGCAUAGGGGAUAAGGUGCACUUUGGGAUGCUAACCGUGGUUCCACAUCAAAUGCAUCAGUUACUUUUCAUGUCAUAAUUUACCCAAAUACUGUAUGUAUGGUUUAUAAAUACUGUAUGCAAUGGUGUAUAAAUGUUGAUGGGUUUUUGUCUUAAAAAGUUGUUAUUAUUUUCAUGAACAACAUUUUGUAAGCUGAUGAUGUUUCUGUGGUAUUUUCCUAAAUGUUUUAUGCAAAUAAUUCUUAAUAAAAAUCUUUAUUU